AACAAUAAAAAAAAACUAAAAACUUGUUAAUCCAAUACUCCAUAAGCUUGUUGAGCAAAAUUUGGGAAAGUGUUAAUUUUAUAAUUCCCUGCAGACAUUAUAAGCAACCAUAUCAAACUAAAGAAGAAUUAAACUAACAAAAUCCCUUAAAACUUCUUUGCAAUAAUGUCAUCCCGGAAUUAUGUGAUAUUUGACUGUGAUGGUGGCAGUGAUGAUGCCUGGGCAUUAUUGUUGCUGCUAAAAGCUGAAGCAGAAAAUCAUUUAAGUAUUUUAGGAAUCACAAUAUGUGGCAGUGGCAAUACAACACUACACAAUGCCGCUUACAAUAUGUUGAGAAUACUAAGGGCCUGUGGCAGAGAUGAGAUACCCAUUUUCUUGGGUGCCGCUGAAUCUCUGCUCUCAGCUCAAGAUAAUGAGAAACGUCCUUUAUUCCAUGGCAAAGAUGGUUUUGGUGAUGUUUUGCCCCAAGAUGAGGAUAUAGAUGUCCAGGAUAUGGUAGAAGGUGAACAUGCAGUGGCAGCUAUAAAUCAAUUUUGUAUAGAGAAUCCUAGACAAGUUACUAUUAUUGCUGUGGGCCCUUUAACAAAUAUUGCCUUAUGCUAUUCCAUGUAUGGUCAAGAGUUUUCCUUUAAUAUUAAGGAAUUGUUUAUAAUGGGCGGAAAUCAUCAGGGUGUUGGCAACUAUUCUCGAGCAGCUGAAUUUAAUUUUUACGCAGAUCCCGAAGCUGCUCAUAUUGUAUUAACUAAAUCAAAAUGUCCUAUUACCGUACUGCCCUGGGAACCAUGUAUGCAGGACAGAUUUUUCAUAUGCAUCAAAUGGCGCUUGGAACAAUUUGGUUCUAAAGCCAGCCAAAAUCCAGCCGUCGAUUUAUUGAACCUAGUCGAAGCUGCCCAGUAUUUACCGCCGGGCUACAAAGGCUGGAAUCCCUGUGAUGCCAUGCUUGUGGCUGCCUUUCUUUUUAGCUCACAAAUCAUCAUGAAACAAAGUAACUGGCAUUGUGUGGUAGACUUGAAUGGCCACACACGCGGCCAAAUGGUUUUGGAUCAUUUGCAGGAAGUUGAAAAGAAUCCGAAAAAUGUACGUAUUAUUGAAUUGGUGGAUGCGGAAUUCUUUAAAAAAGUCGCCGAAUGGGGUACCGGUUUAAGGGAGUUGAGUGUAGAUUUGUCGAGUAAUAAGGAGACGAUAAAAGAGGAGAUCAAACAGGAAAAUGGCUGUUGAAGAGUAAUGACAGAGAAUGUAAAUAGUUGGGAUAUAUACAAGUUUUUUUUUAAUUGCAUUUUUAAUUUAUACUAAAGAACUAGUGAUAAUAAAUGUUAUUAUUAAAUUGUAAUGUAAAA